UCACGUGACUUCACGGCGCAAUGGCGGUGAGAAUAUGCAUGUUUGAAUGAUCGCUUGGAGUACGUGAUGUUGUGAAUUUAUUAAUUGGAUUUACUUUACAACGAAAUGAUAGCGAGGGCAGACAAUGGCAGGUUUAUUUGUGCGGAAGUGUCCGUGCCUGCGUCCAGCAAUAGAUGAUGAUGUCCGUGUCUUGGAUUACCGACACUGCAGUCUCACAGAUGUCCCGGGAGAAGUCUUCAACUUUGAGAGGACCUUAGAGGAAUUGUACGCUGAUUCCAACCAAAUUAGAGAUUUACCACGGGAACUGUUUUACUGCCAUGGUCUGCGGAAGCUGAGUAUCAGUGACAAUGAGAUCAAGAGUAUUCCUCCUGCCAUCUCCAGCCUUGCCAGCCUGGAGGAACUGGACUUCAGCAAAAAUGGCAUCAUUGACGUUCCCGACAACAUCAAGUCAUGCAAGUACCUGAGGUCUAUAGAAGCCAGUGUCAACCCCCUGGGAAAGUUACCAGAAGGUUUCACGCAGCUUCAGAAUCUGACGUCCCUGUUCCUAAAUGACACAUUCCUCGACUUCCUACCUGGUAGUUUUGGCAGGUUAGUCCAUCUCAAGAUCUUAGAGAUUCGGGAAAAUCACUUGAAAACCUUGCCAAACUCAUUCAGUCGGCUUGCUGAUUUGGAAAGACUUGACAUUGGCAAUAAUGAAUUUACAGAGCUGCCUGAUGUUGUGGACAACCUGACCACUCUACUGGAACUGUGGUGUGACAACAACCAGAUCAAGAGAGUGACAAAUACUAUCGGCAGGUUAAACCAGCUCAUAUUCUUUGAUGCAUCGAAGAAUGUCAUCGAGCACUUGCCAAGGGAAAUAGAAGGCUGUUCCUCAUUGGCUGAUCUCCACCUGACAACCAACAACCUGUCAGAACUCCCAGACUCAUUGGGGAAUUUGAACAACCUGACCACACUGAAGGUUGAUGACAACCAGCUGAUUGCAUUACCCAAGACAAUUGGAGGGUUGUCGGCCUUAUCUGAAUUGAAUGUCAGUGCUAAUGACAUCGAGGCGCUACCCGCCAGCAUCGGUCUUCUCCGCAAUCUGCGAACGUUCUAUGCUGAUGAAAACUUCCUGGAGUUUCUACCUGCUGAUAUCGGCAGUUGCAAUGGAAUCACAGUCCUGUCUCUACGAAGUAACAAGCUGACGUACAUCCCAGACGAGAUCGGGCGUAUCCCAAGGUUACGGGUCCUCAACCUGAGUGACAACCGUCUCCAGCAUCUGCCGUUCUCCGUCAUCAAGCUGAAGGAACUGCAGGCGUUGUGGCUGACAGAGAACCAGACACGCCCGCUGAUCCCGCUGCAGUCUGACUAUGACCCAGAAACCAACAGCAACAGGAAGAUCCUCACGUGCUACCUCCUGCCCCAGACACAGCAGCAUGACGAUGAAGGCGGUGGCGGGGGUGACACCGACAGCUUCCACGCAUCCAUGUGGGACGAGGAGCGAGCACGGCGACAACAAAUACACUUCGAGUUUGGUGAUGAGGUGGAUGAAGACGGCCACUUGUAUCGAUGCCCGACCCCUUAUCCCAAAGAAAUGCGAGAGAAAGCCAGACAUGCUCGCAAUUUGGCCAUGCGACAAUCAGUGGGCAACGAAGGCAGCCAAUGGGACCAAGGCAUGGAGAACCUUGGUUACGAGUCGGAGGGCGGGGCCGGGAACCACCCCGAGGACAGUGGGGUGAGGAUGAGAGAGGCUCGCAUCACCAAACCCUCCUCUCCUGUACUUAAGGAAACCCAUCGUCUCUAUCGAUACGAUAAGGAAAAGCAGCAGAAGGACAAAGCUCGCAUGCAGCAACAUCGACAGUCCCAGGAAGUGGAAGAUGAGACCGUGUCGCUCCUCACACCAAAACCCCAGAAGAAGGACAAGAAAGAUGACAAUGGAGGCUUCUCACAGGGCAGAACACAGCUUGUACGAGGUUCCGGAUCGUCACCCAAUAUUCCUGCUGAUGUUGCUGACGGCCAUCACAAGCCUGACAUGCCCAAGUCCAAAUCCCAUUUCGGUAUUUAUGGAAGUGACUCUCCCUAUGUAAUGCAGAACCACAGUAGCCAUGGUCACCGCCAUCAUGGGUCUCGGGGGAAACAUUCCCAUCGUAUGCGGGACUAUGACUCGGACACUGGUUACCGUAGUGAUCACGAGUUGUUGAAGUUUCGUAAACAGGUUCUCAGUGAUGGUAGGGGAAGUGGUCCACCAUCCGUCAGUUCAUCCACACUAUCUCACAAUCAUCGUCAUCAACAUCAUCACCACCAUCAUCAUCAACAACGACCUCGACCGAGGAGGGAAGGAGGGUAUGCAAGUGAUCUCGAGGCGUAUUCAGGGAGAGGCAAGGAUUGGAGUCAGAGGUCAGCAACUCUGUCUUAUCAGCAUCCAGCACACAGUCUUCCGUAUGAUUUGCAUAAUCAGGUAACCAAGACGAACUCAGAUAGUGCUACUGUGCCUCAUUCUCGGAGGAUCAUGAUGAAAAAUGAUGAACUAUUCAACCAAACAUCAAGUCAGGAAAGUGUGAAAAACACCACUCUGUCUCCCCUGAAACCUCUCCCUACACCGUCCCCAAGUCUAUUCCAGAGAAAUAAGUUUGUGGAUCAGAGCACGCCGGUCGCUCUUGAACCGCCAGAGAGCUUCCCACCAACAGUUCAAGAUGGUAGCUUGAUGACGUCUGCUCCUGACACCAGUCAGGGCAAGGACUUCCAGCGAGAGCUCUACACAGUGCUGGAAGAGCGAAUCCAGAAACAAAAUGGAGAUGUCGGGAAGUCAAUGGGUCAACAACGUCCUCCUAGCGAGCUCCAUAUGAUGAAACCCCCGUCCUUCAAACCUCCCCCACCAUACCGACGCACUCCAGAGAGGACAUCCUCUACCUCAUCAGGGGACCGGUCCUACACAGAGUCCCCUAGGCCAGGGCUGGAUUCUCCCAGGUCCAAGUCAGACUCUCCCAGAGACUGUCCGUCACGUCUGUCUGACCCGACAAGGCCGACACCCGACAGCAUCAGCCGACACAAAGACUACGAGACAUGGACGUUAGACAGAACACAGAGCAGUGAGGGAAACAGAACCCCCCAAAUGGUACGGAACACGUACCAUGACAAUCAGUCUGGAGGGGAUAAAAGAAAAACAACAAGUUAUCUUAGUGAUCGUUAUGACCUGAAAGGGACUUCACAAGAGGACAUUUUCUUACGAGAUCGGCCAGGAUCACGUGCAGAGAAAACUGACAAACUAGAUAAGCAAUUGACUAUUGAUGUCGGCAAUGUGUCUUUUCAAAGUGACCGUUCAAAUCCUGUGAGGAGACAUAGCGACCCAUAUAGGGAACGGCCAAGGUCAAGGACGUUUGAAAAUUCUGAUUCUCAAAGGAUGUAUGAUUCGUACACAUAUCAUGAUUCUGAACCGGAGGAAUCGUUAGUGCCGAUGAUGACAAAAUAUGAGGAUGUAGAGAAAUUCAAGACGUCGGAUCCUUCAUCGCAGGUGUCAAGUUCAACAGACAGUGGAUACGGUCACAGCCAUCCAAUCUACGACAGAGUAGGCGAUUUCUCCCGGCAUUCAGGUCGUAGUGGUUCCCAGCCCCCUCCAUCUCCACAGGUUCACCACUCGCUGAUCCGACAAGGCAGCUCAGCAUCACGAGAUGCAUACAUGUCAGGGCAGUCAAGGGAGGGAACUCCUGUCAGAGAUGACUCAGGGUAUCCAAAGGCAGACAACUCUGUCGAUAACUCAUACCAGGAAAUCAGAGAAACGUUUCGAGUUAAAAUCACCAAAAAACCCAGGUCUUGGCUUCAGUGUAGCAGGGGGUCUCGGGUCUCAUGGAAACCCAUACAGACCCAAUGAUAAGGGUAUCUUCAUCACCAAGAUUCAGCCUGAUGGCCCUGCUGCCAAAACACUUCGUCCAGGAGACAAGAUCAUGGAGGUGAACGGCAUGGAUUUCCGCAAUGUUGAUCACAAUGAUGCUGUGUCGGUAAUGAAGAACAAUA